CGUGAGGGUAAAUCGACCGACCAGGAAAGCGACAGUAGCUACCAUCUUUCCUUCCUUCUUUCCAUCUCUAAAACAAACCCCCUCCUUCCUCUUGAUCCUCGUUCGCCCCUUCCACCCCCUUUUUUUUUGUUCAAGUUCUUUUGUUUUUGUGAUACUCGAUAAACUGAAACUACUUCUCGUUCGUAAUUUCCCUUGGGUGGACGUCCGCCUCCACUUGCUUGCUCUGGCAAGAGAAACAGAGCACCCCGAACCUUCGAAAAAAUGGCAGGCAGACGUUCAGGUCGCGCUGCCGCCAAGCGGGCUGCAGCUGCUCUAGGUGAGUGCGAUUGCUCGCUCUCUUGUAACAUCCAGAUUCAUACAAUCUUUCUUAACACCCACCCAAACUACAAAGACAAUCAAUUUCCUCGCCUAACUCUAUUAAUACUUUUUUGAUUUUCUUUCUUUACUUGCUGGCGUUUCUCAUGGUUUUCGUUUCUUUUUUUCCUACCACGCAAUUUCUCCUGUCGCGUUACUUGAUUGCGCAAAUCGCAGCUCAACAAUGGCGCCCCGUGGAAAGAUUCGCUUGAAGCUGACGCGAAGCGCCAAAUCAGAAAGCACGCCAAAAUCAUUCGCAGACCUCGAAGAUGAACCUAUGCCCGAUGCCGGAACCAGUCCCCUGGACUCCAAGCGACAGCAGGUGCCCGACCCGGAUGAUGAGAAGGACGAGGAUCAUCAGCCAAAGGAAGAGUCGGGGGAUGAAGAUGAUGCCGCCGACGCGGCUGAAAAGGACGACGAAUCCGUCAAGGAACCCACGCCCCCCCCUCAGCUCAUGGUCCGUCGCAAGAGGCUUGGUCGUCCUCCCAAGAACAGACCUCCAGAUUGGGACAACAUGAUUUCUGUUCCCGCCGACGAAGCCAACACCCCGCGACGCCGAGGAAGAGGUGGAUGGCGAGGCAGGGGUGGUCGUAAAGGAGGUCCUGCGGCACCCAAAGCCGAGCAAGUUAUCGACCAGGAGGGAACUGUUGCCGAAAUCGCAAACGAUGAGUGCGUCUUGCCUGAAGAUCCAGAGGGUGAGACCAAGGUGGACAAGUUGGGCAACCUCCAAGGCGGACGUGAUUAUCGAUGCCGAACUUUCACAGUUACCGGUCGUGGGGACAGGCUCUACAUGCUUUCCACGGAACCAGCUCGAUGCGUUGGCUUCAGGGACAGUUACCUUUUUUUCACAAAGCACCGCAAACUCUACAAGAUUAUUGUGGAUGACGAUGAGAAGCGAGACAUGAUUGAGCGAGAUAUUAUCCCUCACUCGUACAAGGGUCGUUCCAUAGGAAUCGUAACGGCGCGAUCGGUCUUUCGCGAGUUUGGUGCUCGUAUCAUUGUGGGCGGAAAACGCAUCAUCGACGACUACAACGUUGCCCAGGCUCGCACCGAUGGCGCCGUCGAGGGCCAGCUUGCGGACCCAGAUGAUCAUUUCGUCGAGGGAGAGCCGUACAACAAGAACCAGUACGUUGCGUGGCACGGAGCCAGUGCCGUGUACCACACGAAUGUACCAUCAGUGCCGGUUCCCAAUGGCAAGAUCGAGUCAAAGAAACGCAAGGUAAAUGUCAACGACAUGAAUUGGAUGCUAGAACAUGCUCGGGAAGCCAGCACAUUCAAUGCCGGCAUCAAUGCCAUCAGAAAGCUCAACAAUGCCGGUGUGUACGACAUUCACACAAAUGUGAUGCAGUACCCAACAACAAUGCAGCCUACGCGGGCACGCAUUGAGCAAGUCGCCCCAGAGGACGAGCAGGCGACCGCAGACAGCGCCAUCUUCCCCCCCGUCCCUACGAAGAUGGCGCGCAACUUCUUCGUUGCAGACACAUACUUUGAGACAUCAUCGGCGGGCGUCAUUUCGGCGUCUGCAGUGGACGGUACCGCAGGUUCACCAGACUUCCUUGCUUCUUUCCAGGGAUUGAGUGCUGUAUCAGAUGAGAUCAAAGACCUAUUGCCCCCAGAGUGUCGUGUGGCUUUCGACGGCGCCGUGGCAAAGGAGACAUCAUAUCGGUCAAAAUGGGGCCCUGAGAGCGAGACAAUGUCGCGCCGUCAACCCAUUAUCGACAAGGCAAUCGUGCCCUACAGCAUGAGUUGACGGCAGCCCAUGCUGGUAAUGAAAUACGAUUCCUUCGAAACGUGAACAACACCAAAUGUGCAGAUGCGGAUGUAAUACUAUGGGUAUCAAGUGAUGCAUGUUUUUGACAUUCAAGGCGAGGCGAGAUAGGGGUUGGCACACCUUGCUGGGAACUAGGCAGCAGGAAGAGUGAAAUGGAAGCAAUAUGGGCGUUGGGUGUCAUGGAUAAACACUCGGAGUGGUUUUUGUUUCUACGGCUGCAUCGUCAGAUGGUGUCAAUUGGGCCUUGAGUCAAUGAUGUAUCAUCAGGUAGAAGGACAGGUACUUGUUCAUAGGCAGAGGCCUCUACCGAUUGACAAUUUGCAGAUACCAAUCAAACGAAUGACUUGGUAUGGCUUUGAUGCUCUGCGUGAAUCAUUGAUACGGACGGAUGCCCUCGGUUCCUCUGCAGUAUUUGCUUUCUCGACACACUACUGCGAGCACUGACUGCAGCUUGAGGAGCUUACCUUGCCUCGAAGGCUCGAUGAACACGUCUAUCUCCAGCCGCCGGCUACGCUCCUUUGAUCACACUUGGCUGUUGGCUGGACCGCCGGACUCGGCCUCUUUCUGCCUGCAGGUAGGUCAUAAUCCAUUGGCACGCGAAGAGCGGGCCAGAAAAUCAAGAGACAUUUUUUUUCUGGCCUUUCUCGCCCUCUCUGACCUCCGUGGUGGCCCCGUAUUGCGGGAAUCUAGCCUCUCGAAUUUUCUUUCUUUUUUUUGCAGGGCUCGUGAUAGGUACGAUCUCCUGCUUCACUAGGAGUUUAUUUAGCGACGAUGUGGGUUUCACUGUCGACCAUGUCAUCGUCUGGCCCCGCUCUGACUUCGUUUGAUCUUUUUUUCUCUCUUGUCCUUGACCUCGUUUGGGUUUUUGCGAGGCUUGGGUGGAUGCUGAUUAAGGUCCCCACGCGGAUCUGAUGGACGCUUGAUGAGGUGGGCUUGCAGGGCUCAACAGAGACGAGACGGCACCAUGGAAUGAGUGGCGAACUCCAACAACAGCGCAGAAGGCGAAUUGAAACGAGAGGCAACUUGUAAAGGAGAUUCAAGAAAAUAAAUACAGUACGCACAAUCAGGGUCUUGAUCGACAACCCUUCUAGCUUGACUUAAUGGACGCUUGUGACGCAUGUUCUGACCUGUUGAGCCGUUAUUAAUAAACAGGAGGACGGCUUAUUAACGAUGUUCAAGAGUGUAGUACGUGUUGACUGGCACCCUGGAAUAAUUCACCUUCAUAUAUGACGACACAUGGGUGCCAGUGCAGCAGUAUCAAUAUGUACGUAUAUGUAACCUGUGCCUGUGUCUGUUCUGUGUUAUUUUACCAAUGACGACGUCCUUGAGGCUUCUGUUGGUGUUGCUGAGUUCCUCUUGAGUACUGAAACUCGACCGGCAACAACAUAUUUUUAGCCAGCUUUUUCUCUUCCAGGUUGAUUUCCACGGCCAGAAUAUAACCAGGAUGCAAGGCAACUGGUCGUG